AUGCGCAAUCCCGACACCGAGUCGCAUGGGAAGCAGGCACCCGGUGAUGCCCAAGCCGAAGACGAUGCGCACUCACUAGCUGAUAUGGGUCACUCUCAGACCCUGAGUCGCAAGUUUGGUCGCUUGAGCUUGUUCUUCUUGUCCUUCGUCGUUCUUGGAACAUGGAGCACGACAGGCCAAUCUCUAGGCAGUGCGCUUGGCAGUGGUGGGCCAGCACUCAUUCUCUGGGGUCUAGUGCUGGUGACCAUAUGCAAUGUCUGCGUCGCCGUCUCCCUUGCCGAGCUCUGCAGCAGUAUGCCGACAGCAUUGGGACAAGCAUACUGGGUAUCGCGCCUGUGGCCAGGUCAAUGGGGACGAUUUACAUCGUACAUGUGUGCGUGGAUUAACACGUUUGGAUGGUGGACACUAUCAGCCUCGCAGUUGGCCUUUAUGACCUCAUUCCUUUUGAGCAUGAAGGUCAAUUACGAUCCAGACUGGCCAGGUGCUAAUCUGGGCUGGCUCCAAUUCUUGAUCUACUUCAGCAUGUCAAUCGUCGGCACCUUGGCAAACAUUGGCGCAGGCCGGCGCGAUGCGAUCCUCCCGUUCAUCAACAACUUUGUGGGAGUUUGGUUCAUCGCGCUAUUUUUUGUCUUUUCCCUUGCCUUGGUCAUCGCGGUCGGCACCAAAUCAGAUGUGCUGUCCUUCCAGCCUGCUUCAUUUGUCUUCACCGCGUGGAUCAACGAAGACGGCUGGAGUGACGGAGUGGCCUUCUUCCUUGGCCUGGUACAAGCAGCCUACAGCUUGACGGCAUUUGACGCGGCGGUGCACAUGGUCGAAGAGAUCCCAGCACCGCGCAAGAAUGUGCCUCGCAUCCUAUGGUCCAGUGUGACCUUGGGAGCCAUUACUGGAUUCCUCUUUAUGGUGGUCUGCAUGUACUGCAUUCAAGAUAUAGAUACAGUCCUCUACGGGACCACGGGCAUCCCCUUUGUCGACCUGCUGGUUCAAACCGUCGGACUAGAAGGCGCGACGGCGCUCCUUUCCAUCUUUAUUUUCAAUGGCCUCGGAGCGGCUCUGAGCAUCAUCACCAGCUCCUCGCGCCUCACUUGGGGUCUCGCGCGCGACGGAGGCCUGCCUUGGGGCGAGUACUUUGGCCACGUCGACGAGACAUGGCGGGUGCCGGUGCGCGCUCUCUGGCUACAGGGCAUUCUCACCGGGUUGAUUGGGCUUCUGUACACUUUCUCCAGCACCGUGCUCCAGGCCAUCCUUAGCGUCACCACCAUCGCGCUGACCAUAUCCUACGCGAUGCCAAUUGUGGUCCUGCUCGCUGUCGGGCGAGACAAGCUUCCUCCUGGUGGCGAGUUCCCACUCGGAAGGUUUGGGCCGGUCAUCAACGUCGUUUCAAUCAUCUACUGCUGCGUCACGACCGUCUUCUUCUUCUUCCCCAGCAGCCCGGACCCGACUGGGGAGGACAUGAACUACGCCAUCGCGGUCUUUGGGGUCAUGAUGGUGAUUUCGCUCGUGCUCUGGGUGGUCGAGGGAAGGCACAAGUAUCUACGUACGGGACACGCGGAGGAGCGGCUGGAGCAGGCCCGGAGGCUCGAGGUGGAGGUUCUCAAUGGAAUUGGAAAGGAUCAGGAUGGAAAGGCCAACGGCAAUGGCGGCAAGGAAAAGAAUCCCGUGUUAAAGUAG